CCUGUUGAAGACUUCCUGAAUGGGCCACAAUGCCGGAGUGCAGAGGAACAACAGCAGGAGAAGAAUGAGAUUUGAGCAGCACUCAGGUGCCCAGUUUCUGUUUUCCCAGUUGGAUACAUUGAGAAAGGAUGAGGAUUGUGUUGUGCCAGGCACGGAUCUUGUCCAGCACGAGAAUCUGCUUGUGAAAAGGGAUCUAUGAAGAAACCACUACAAGUCUUCAGCUGAUGCACCUCUACCAGACUUAUCUAUUAGAAAGAAAAGAUCAACCUAAAGUAACUUCAUAGGACAGGCAACAUGUGUCAUGUCAUUGUAACGUGCCGGUCUAUGCUUUGGACUCUGUUGAGCAUUGUGGUGGCAUUUGCUGAGCUCGUGGCCAUCAUGAGUGCUGAUUGGUUAGUCGGGGUACGCCACCCUUCUCAGUCCAACGCCUCAGCUACUGGACCUCCAGACCCUAAGCCACCUACACUUGGCCUCUACAGUCGCUGCAUCCGAGUGUCGCAACAGAAAACGGUUCAGUGCGGACCAUACGCUGCAGACUUUACAGAGAUCGCAAGUGGAUUUUGGCAGGCCUCCAUUAUAUUCCUGGUGGUUGGAAUCUUCCUGCUGUCCAUAGUGGGCUUCCUCGCAGUCUUUAGCAUGUGCUUUCAGAGUAUCCUGGGGAAAAGUAUCUUUAAUGUGUGCGGCCUGCUUCAAGGCAUAGCAGGUCUGUUCCUGAUGCUCGGGCUGAUGCUCUACCCAGCAGGAUUCGGCUGUGAUAAGGUGGUCAGCUACUGUGGCUCUGAAGCUUCCCCAUAUAAACCGGGUCACUGUUCAGUGGGCUGGGCUCUCUACACAGCGAUAGGAGGGACGGUGCUCACUUUCAUCUGCGCCAUGUUCUCUGCCCAAGCCGAGAUCGCCACCUCCAGCGACAAGGUGCAAGAUGAGAUAGAUGAAGGCAGGACGCUCAUCUGUGUGCUGUGAAACGUCUAGCUGUAGGAGAAACGCUUCUCUCAGAGUUACUAGCUGAACAGUUCUGUUGUUUUGCUGUCACCGCCUGCAGGGCUUAAUGAUAAGGCCAUGAUGUUUACGUGGUGCUUUCUUUUCAAUAGAUUCAAGACUGUAGCCAGAUGAUAGUUGUAAUGAUAGAAAUAAUACCCUUUGCUGCAAAAUUCUUUAGUUCUUUUUUUACUUUUUUCCAAUUUCAGAAAGUGCACAGUUGGCUAUAAAAAGUAGUGUUUUGAAAAUGUAAUCUUGAUAAUGUCGUAAACCGUAUAAAAGGUUAGAAUGUUAGGCUAUGAAGUAUCGAGUGUGAAUAUAGGCAUAUGCCUAGCAUGUAUAUCAUACAUAUUAGGACAAAAAAUGUUCAAAAUCACUUGCCUUGGGAACAUACUCACUGGUCACUUUAUUAGGAACACCCAGCCACCUGCUGUUCUAUGCAGUUCUCUAAUCAGCCGAUCCCUUGACAGCAGCACAAUGCGUCAAAUCAUGCAGGUACAAAUCAAGAGCUUCAUUUAAUGUUCACUUCAAACAUUAGAAUGGGAAACAUUGUGAUCUGAAAGUAUGACUUCCACUGUGCCGUGAGUGUUGGUUUGAGCCAGAUGGACUGAUUUAUUUGAGUAUUUCAGAAACUGCUGAUCUCCUGGGGUUUUCACACACAACAGUCUCUAGAGUUUACACAGAACGGUGCGAAAAACAAAAAACAGUGAGUGAGUGAGCGACAGUUCUGUGGAUGGAGACACCUUGUUGAUAAGAGAGGCAUACAUGUCAACCUUUGGUCAAUCAAACCUGUAUAACCAACCUCCAAAAUCCGUAUUUCCUUUAUAAAAUUCUUAUAAGAUGCAAGUUGAAAUAAUUUACCUAAAAUUUGAAUGAUAAUUAACAAUGAUAUAUCCCAGUUACUUUUUAUUCAAUAUUAAUAACAACAAACCUUCAGAAUGAAUACAAAGCUCCAAUGUUUGACAAAAACACAAAGUGUCACUCUAAUGUUCUGAAUUGUACUCCAUGACAGCUUUUUUUAGCAGUCUGCACCAAUACCUCACGAGGCUGCAUGUCACAGCAAGUGUCUGUGUUGAUCUUGCCGGAGUGCCCAUUCAGAAUCUUUUCAGUCUCUAGUGAAAGUCGCUCAGGUGGAAAUACGCUUUUCAAACAAAAUGUUACUUCCCGGUUGGCGGGAUUCUCGCAAUGCGGUGUGCGCAUGAUCAAAAGUGGAACGAAGUCUCGCUACCACAAGAUAACGCGCGAUUUCAUAAGACUCUUUACUGGCUGGCUGUGCUUUCUGUGGUGUACAGUACGUUUGUAAAUGUUAUGCGCUCUUUUAUCAUUGUGGGAAUUGAUUAUAGCUCUAAAUAAAUAUUGAAGUUUUUUUAAAGAAUCCGUAUAACUUUAUUUGUACGCCCGUAUACUACGUUUAUUGAAUCAAAUCCGUAUAAAAUACGGACAUUCUGUAUAGGUUGACAUGUAUGGAGAGGUCAGAGGAAAAUUGCCAGAUUGGUUCGAGCUGCCAGGAAGGAUCUAGUAACUCAUAGCAACUCUUUACAACCGUGGUGAGCAGAAAAGCAUCUCAGCAUGCAACAGCGGAAGAACACACUGGGUUCCACUCCUGCAGCCAAGAACAGGAAUCUUAGAGUCAAGAAGAAGUUCCUAUUAAAGUGGCCGGUGAGUGUACUGAGGAGCAUUAUCUGAGUUGAACUUAUGAUUCUGGAGGGCUUCAUAACCUCAGCAUGAAGGAAACCAGCAUGAAAAUGUUUGUUUUCUGAACUUCAUUUACAUUCUUUUUAUGAACGUGUAUUUAGCCCAGAUAAUCCAGCUCAAGGAGGUACUAAUAUUUUGUACUGAUUGAUUGUAUCCCACAGUGUUAGAAACAGAGAUACAGUUCUCUGUUCAUAAAGGUACAAAAGCCAUGAAUGCACCAUCUGUGACGGAAUAUGUAAGCCCAUUUGCUAACAUUUUUCUGUUUCGUUCUUUCUUUUCUUUUUUUUUCCAUUUCUUUUUUCAAAGAAAAACUCCAGGAUUUUUAAUCUGAGUCCUAUUUCCCCAUCUCUUUGGGUCCAAAUAUUUACUAGGGACAAAAACAAUUUAAAUCAGUUCAGUGUCGAGUUAGAACCCUUUAAUUAGCAACUGCAAAACGGCUAUACAAUGUAAUUCUAUGGGGCAAUCAUCCAUGUCAAAGUAAACCACUUGUUUUCGUCACUGACAGACUCAUAAUGUUAUUAUAAGUGUCUGACAGCAUGGAAAGGAUCCGUAUGGAGAUACAGCUGUGUCUGGUUACUCAAUCCAGUCAGUGUUUUACUUUUCUCUUCUUCCGGUCUCUGACGCAGCACCCCAUUCAGUGCCUGUAGUCAAUUAUCGCACAGGAGCUGUUUUUCUAAUGUUUAGAAAAGUCACACAGAAAUUGUGAAAUCUAUUUCCAAAGUAAUGGCUGAAUAUUUCGCUGAUUACGACGAUAUGAAUGAGUGUCUGACAACAUGGAAAGAUAAGAUGAGAGAGCCUUUUAUUAUCCCACAAGGGAAAAUUUACAUUGUUACAGCAGCAAAAUAUAUAAAGAGAAAAAGAUAAGGCAGUGGAGUAGUGAAAAAGUACUAAGUAUACAAAAAAGGAUAUAUAUAAGAAAUAAACUACAAAUUUAGAGAUAAAAAAAAUUAACAAAUCUGCAUAAAUUAACAGGUUUGCAGAUAUAUAGUUAACAUGAGUGUAUUAAAAAGGUGGUAUUGCACAUGUAACGUACAACCCCGAUUCCAAAAAAGUUGGGACAAAGUACAAAUUGUAAAUAAAAACAGAAUGCAAUAAUUUA